AUGUCGUGGAAGGAUAGGACGUUGGAAUUCGCCCAGAUCGUGGAUUCGAUGAGGCAGCAAAAGAAGAUGACGAAGCGACCACUGCUGGCGCAUGCUGAUGGCGUGGCCUCUUCGGUGCCCAAGUCACAAUUCACGGUUGCCGCCUCGCAACUCGGACGACAAAUCCACGACACUGCCCAGAAGCUUGCCAACCUCACCAAACUUGCCAAGAACACUUCCCUCUUCGACGACAAGACCAUGGAGAUCCACCAGCUCACCCACGUCAUCAAGCAGGACAUCACAACGCUCAACACUCAAAUCGAAGCGCUCCAGAACUACGUCAAGACACAGAAGACGCUGCGCAAGAACAAACAAACCGAGACCCACGCGCUGGGCGUCGUGGGCUCUCUCAAGUCCGAGCUGGCCAACACCACGAAACGAUUCCAGAAAGUGCUCGAGACCAGAACCGAGAAUUUGAAGAUCCAGCAGGAGAAGAGGCAAAAAUUCACAGGCGGCCCUCUCACGCCCGUCAAGGGCAAGAGCCACCACGAAGCGGCCAGGCCUCCACGAGCCUUCCCCAACGGAUUGCACGCUACCAACGGCGGAAAUGGGGACGUGACGAUCAACCUGCCCGACGAACCAUCGGGCGCAAUGAUGGGCAUGCAGCAACAGCAGCAGAAGCAAACGCUGCUGACAGUGCAGGACUCGUACAUUCGAAGCAGAACGCAGGCCGUCGAGAACAUCGGACAGACCAUCAUCGAGCUCCAGGGCAUCUUCACGCAAUUGGCCACCAUCGUGGCGGAACAGGGCGAGAUGAUGCAGAGAAUCGACGCCAACAUCAACGAGAGCAAUGCCAACGCGUCGAACGCGCAAGAGCAGCUGUUGAAGUACCUCCACGGCAUCAGCGGCAACAGGUGGCUCAUUGCCAAGAUAUUCUUGGUGCUCAUCGUCUUCAUUGUGCUCUUUGUCGUUUUCUUCAUGUAA